UAUAGUGUUAUAUUAUAUACAUUGAACGGUUUAACUUUGUCGCACAGUAUUUGAACAUUUCCGUUAUUUGACAUUUUGUAAGAAGACUAACAAGCUAUUUACAUUGACUGAAUGACAGACAAGCUAGUAGUAGGUCGCAAGGUGGCGAUGCUGCAUGAAUUGACAAACCAAACGUCGAGAAGAGAACUGACUCUAUGACUGCCCAGGAAAUACAAUGACCACGUCAUCACGUUGGUUUCUCAUGAAUAUCUCCAUAUUGUGAGGUCAGCAAGACAGGGUCAGAAGGACCAUGAAUCUUCACCAAGUUCUUACCGGGGCUGUCAACCCGGGGGACAACUGUUUUUCUGUAGGGGGCAUGAACAACCACCCAUUCACGGCGUACGCCUCUGGCUGUGACAUCGUCAUUCUGGGCAGUGACUUUGAGCGGCUGCAGAUUAUCCCGGGGGCCAAGCAUGGGAACAUCCAGGUGGGCUGCGUGGACAGCUCACUACAAGGAGGCCAGAUUGCAGCUUCCUAUGGAAGUGUCGUCUGUGUCUUUGAGCCAGUUCAGCUCACCAACCAGAAGAACAGGACAGCGACGAAGCUGAGCUACCAGUGGCAGAAAACUGGACAGUUUGUUUUGCAGUCUGUGGUUCGCAACCUGGCCUGGGACCCCACAGGCACUCAUCUGUUAACUGGGUCGGCUAGCCUCCAGCUGUGGUCUAACAUGAGCAGAGGCUUGAAUGAGGAUGGGGAAGCUAGUGACCUUCAGUGUCCUUGGAGAUGUAUAUGGCACUGCAAAACUGCCUCCCCAAUUCAGCUUAUGAAGUUUUCUCCAGAUGGAGAAUUCUUUGCUACUGCCGGACAGGACGACUGCCUGGUCAAAAUAUGGUACAACACCAGUAAAUGGCACUCCAGUGUGACCAAGCUGUUCACCCCCCCGGAGCACGCCUCUCAGGGCGAGCUCAACUUCUCCUUCGUGUAUCUGGCCCACCCUCGCUCCGUCACCGGUUUCUCCUGGAGGAAGACCAGCAAGUACAUGCCACGGGGUUCUGUGUGUAAUGUGUUGCUGACGUGCUGUAAGGACAGCGUGUGUCGCCUCUGGGCCGAGACGCUGCUUCCCAGCGAUAGCCUGCUGUCGGGACACACGCUCAGCCACGUCAACAACGGCCUGAACGGCGACCAGCUCAAAUCGACGGGCGGCAGCAAGAGGACUCCCUCUCGUGUGAAAACCAGCGGCCAGAAUCCCCUGGAGUUACAUCUGCAGGAGUCGUGGCGGGUGCCGCUGAGGGGCGUGGCCCAGCCCUCCCUGACCGGCCUGCUCCCGUGCCAACAGAGCCGACACCACAACCACAAGGCCAACGCCGAGCCCCACGCAAACGCCCUCUGCCACUUCCACAUCGCUGCCAGCAUCAACCCAGCCACAGACAUCCCCCUGCUGCCCUCCAUCACGUCGCUGUGUGGCGGGGACGAGGAGGAGCCGGGAGGGCCCUUCACCGUGCACUGGCUCAACAACAAGGAGCUGCACCUCACCCUGGCCAUGGAGGUGUUUCUGCAGCAGCUGAGGGGCAGCGUGGAGCAGAGCGAGCCGGAGCGCUCCGAGGAGGAGCCCGACUAUGAGGAGGAUCCAGAAGAGGUAGCUCGACGCGGACCAGACCCAGCAUCCGUCCAGCUGCCUGCGGCAGUGGUGGAGCACCAAGUGGAGGUUCUCCUGGAGGACUGGAACAGGGGGGCAGACAUGCUGUUCAGCAUCCACCCGAUGGAUGGGUCCUUGCUGGUGUGGCACGUCGACUGGCUGGAUGAGUAUCAGCCCGGCAUGUUCCGCCAGGUCCAGGUGUCCUUUGUGUCCCGGAUCCCUGUGGCCUUCCCGACGGGCGACGCCAACUCGCUGAGUCGCAGCGUGGUCAUGUACGCGUGCAACAAGAACGUGGACCUGGCCGUCCAGCACGGCCGCCAGCGACCCGCCGGCCUGCCCCACUCGUCGUCGGUGCUGGUCCCGUACGGGCCGUGCAAGGCGUCGCCCGCCGGCAGCCUGCGCCUCAGCAUCUUCACGCCCAACGUGCUCAUGAUCUCCACGCACGCCGACGGCUCCCUGAACCAAUGGGCGGUCAGCUUCGCCGAGGACUCCGCCUUCUCAGCCGUGCUCAGCGUGUCGCACAAGUCUCGCUACUGCGGCCACCGGUUCCACCUGAACGACCUGGCCUGCCACUCCCUGCUCCCGCUGCUGCUCACCACCUCGCACCACAAUGCCCUGCGUAGCCCCGACGUGGACGCGGCGCCGGCCCUUGCGUCGUCCUCCCUGGGGGUCGGCCCCGGCCGGGGGUCCCCGGGUGUCGUGUCGCAGGACCCCAACGCCAUCUACAGCGAGCUCAUCCUGUGGCGAGUGGACCCGGUUGGGCCGCUGUCCUUCUCCGGGGGGGUGUCCGAGCUGGCCCGGAUCAACUCCCUGCAUUCCUCCGCCUUCUCCAACAUAGCCUGGCUGCCCGCGCUCAUCCCCAGCAGCUGCCUCGGUGUCUACUGCAACUCGCCCAGUGCCUGCUUCGUGGCCAGCGACGGUCACUCGCUGAGGCUCUACCAGGCCGUUAUUGAGGCCAAGAAGCUACUCGGUGAACUGUCCAACCCUGAGAGAUCAAAAUAUGUCGGCAAAGUUUUCAACAUUAUCAGCCAGCAAUCGACUGCCAAACCGGGCUGUAUCAUAGAACUGGAUGCUAUUACUGAAUUUCAGGGGAAGGAGGCUCAAUUGCUGCAUGUGUUUGAGGAGGAUCUGAUUCUGGGCGGUGGUCGGACAGACGCCACUCAGGAGCCACCAAAUACAGGAGCUGACGCCAGCCAAACAGGCUUCUCCGCCCGCUUCUUCCUGGUGGUGGUGGAGUUCACCCAGACUGCCCGGUCCGUGCUGCAUAUGUGGCGCCUGCAGCUGGCAGCUCGGCCAAUCACAAUGGACAAAACCAGCGUGCCAUCCGAGAGGGAGAAUGCAACCUCGACGCCGACGAACGGCUCCUUUGACUUUGAAGCUUUCAGCGCCCCCUUUGUCCAGAGGAACAAGGCCUGCACGUCCAGCCUCCAGAGUGCCAGCCGCCUAACCCUGACCACACAGAGGCUUUACAGCCAGGAGCUCGUCCUUCCGAAGGGCGUGGAGGUCAUCAGCGUCACACCCUCAGCAGGUCACCUGAGCGCGUCCUCCCUGCAGCCAGCGGGUGGCGCCCCCUAUCUCCUUGCCACGUCCUGUUCGGACGGCAAGGUCAGGUUUUGGAGGUGCAGAGUGUCCGCGGCGGAGCCGGACACCAGGGAGGCGACGUAUACCUGGGAGGAGUGGCCUCUGUUGGUGGAGGAGGGCCUGGGCAACAGCAGCACGCUAAACGUGUCCGGCCGACCGGUGGAGGUCAGCUGUUGUCACACCAGCCGCAUUGCCGUGGCCUACCGACACAACCCCAACCGCCUGAGCCCCAACCCUCAGCCGGCUGCCAGGGAAACGCAGGUCCACGUGGGGAUCUUCCAGUGCGAGUCCACGGGCGGCUCCCAGUGGGUGCUGGAGCAGACGCUCGUAUUGGACGCCUCCAGCCCAUUGGGUGACGGCGAUGUGGCGGGAGGCCGCGACAGCCCGAGCGUGCUGAGCGAUAACCCGAACAUCCACCUGCCCGGCAACGACUGCUUGAGGACGUCUGGUCGGAGCCUGGUCCACCUGGACUGGGUCUCCAGGGAGGAUGGCUCCCAUAUUCUCACUGUGGGGAUCGGUUCCAAGCUCUACAUGUACGGCCUGCUGUCUGGCCGACCCGCCGAGCUGGGCCUGUCCGAGGGAUCCAGGGGUAUGGUCUCCUCACGCCUGGUCCUCCUGCGCUCCGUGGACCUGGUGUCCUCCGUCGAGGGCUCCCUGCCCAUACCGGUGUCCCUCUCCUGGGUGAGGGAUGGCAUCCUGGUGGUGGGCAUGGACUGUGAGAUGCAUGUGUACUCCCAGUGGCAGCCCCCGGCCAAGUCCGUGGCCUCGAGCGGCGCCGGCGUCAGGCACGUGGGGAGCGCGUCCUCACUCCUGGCCGCCGUGAAACCGAGCCACGGGGAUGCCUUCAGCCCGGCUCCGACCAAGAAGACCCUGACCAGGUCCAUGACGAGCUUGGCCCAGAAACUGAGUGGGAAGAGGACGGUGUACGACCUGCCCGCGGAGAUGGAGGAUUAUGGGCUGUUUGAGGCAGCACACCACCUGUUUCCUACGCUACCCCAGUACCACCCGGUACAGCUGCUGGAGCUCAUGGACCUGGGGAAGGUCAGACGAGCCAAAGCCAUCCUCUCCCACCUGGUCAAGUGCAUUGCCGGGGAGAUCGUGGCCCUGAAAGACAAUGCCACCAACCAAGAGAAGCGUUUCCGCUCGCGCACCAUCAGUGCUGGCGGCAGCACCACCAGGGAUCCCAAGUUCCUCAGUAAGGGCGAGAGCUCGGACUACACAGAGAUCGACUCCAUCCCUCCUCUGCCCCUCUACGCUCUGCUGGCGGCCGACGAGGAUUGCUCCCCGAAGCCGAAGGACAAGGAGGCCAAGGUUAGCAGUGACAGCGGCCACGGAUCCAGUCAGACGGACGCCUACGACGAGCUCUUCCAGGGCACUGGGGCUGGUGUGGACGAGCUGGAGCCCUUGGACCAAGACCAGGAGGAGAGCAGUGGCAAGGUCAUAGACCUGUCCAGGUACAGCCCCACCUUCUUUGGGCCCGAGCAUGCCCAGGUCCUGUCCAGCCAUCUGCUCCACUCCAGCCUGCCGGGCCUGACCCGUAUGGAGCAGAUGUCUCUGAUGGCCCUGGCCGACACCAUCGCCACCACCAGCACCGAUAUUGGGGAGAGCCACAGCAAGAGCAAAGGUGGAGAGACUUUAGACGAGUGCGGUUUGAAGUUCCUGUUGGCCGUGCGGCUCCAUAUGUUCCUUCUGACCACUCUGCCGCAGGCGCAUCGAGGCCAGCUUCUCCACCAAGGUCUGUCCACCGGUCACUAUGUCUGGGCCUUCCACUCUGAGGCAGAGGAGGAGCUGCUUAACAUGCUACCCGCCAUGCAGAAAGGAGACCCCACGUGGCCCGAGCUCCGAGCCAUGGGCGUGGGCUGGUGGCUGAGGAGCACCAAUAAACUCCGGAGGUGUAUCGAGAAGGUUGCAAAAGCGUCGUUUCAAAGGCAGAACGAUCCGAUGGAUGCAGCCCUGUUCUAUCUUGCUAUGAAAAAGAAAGCGGUAGUCUGGGGACUAUACAGGUCCCAGAACAAUGCCAAAAUGACAGCGUUCUUCAACAACAACUUUGGUGAGGACCGAUGGAGGAAGGCUGCCUUGAAGAAUGCCUUCUCUCUGCUGGGAAAGCAGCGCUUCCAACACUCUGCAGCUUUCUUCCUACUGGCUGGCUCCCUCAAGGACGCUGUGGAGGUUUGCGUGGAGAAAAUGCAGGACCUACAACUGGCUCUGGUGAUCUCCCGGCUCCACGAGUCGGAGUUCGAGAUGUCCUCCACAUACAAGCGCAUCCUGCAGAGGCACGUGCUGGGUCAGGACCGCCAGCUUCCUGCCCACCAGGACCCCUUCCUCCGCAGCAUGGCCCACUGGGUGAUGGAGGAUUACAGCCGGGCCCUGGACACCCUGCUGGUGCAGCCGCCCACUCGGGACAGCCAAACCACCCAGCCAGGGAACCCAGAGGUCUUCAACUUCUACACCUACCUCCGGACACAUCCGCUACUGCUUCGCCGGCAUUUCGGCUCGUCUGAAAAAGCCAAGGUGUGUCUGACGGCUGAGGGCUGCAUGGCCCACUCCAUCAGCCUGGUGGAGCGGCGGUUGUUCUUCACCGCGGCCUAUGCUCACCUGCAGGCCGGCUGCCCUAUGCUGGCCCUGGAUGUCCUCUCCAAAAUGCCCAAAGUCCUCAAACGAUCCACGCCGCAGGCGGACGAUCCCGCCAGCCCUGCCCUGAGCGAGAGGAAAUAUGAGCAGGCGUCCCACCUGGACUGGUCUCGGCCCAUGUUGAACGGCAGUGGGUCUGUGUCGGAGAGCUUGUCCAACAGCCAGUCGGACUCCGUGCUGAGUUUUGACUGGAGCCAGCCCUCUCUGGCUGUUCAGGACGAAGCCCUGGAGCUGAAAUGGGACAGCGACAAGGAGGAUGAGGACGACGAACUGCAGGGUUUGGUCAUGAAGAGCACCACCAACAACAACAACAGCAGCGUCUUCCAGGAAGCCCAGGAGGCCGUCUCACCGUUGGCGGAGUCACCACUCGACAACGGCGACGACGCGCUGGCACCUUCGGAGGACAUCCUGGCCGCUCAGCUCAAGUUCAGCGCCUGCCUGAAGAUCCUGACCACGGAGCUGCGGACCUUGUCCACGGGCUACGAGCUGGACGGUGGGAAGCUACGCUACCAGCUUUGCCAGUGGUUGGAGAGGGAGGUGGUGGCCCUGCAGAGGUGUUGCAGCUACAAGCCGUGCAUGGCAGGCCCCGGGGUUGUGGAGGAGGAGGAGGGUGACCGGGCCCAGCCUGGCGAAGCCCAGCGGACUCGCAGACACUGGCUGCAGAGCAAUCAGCCCCUCCUGCGUAUGUUCCUGAGCUACUGCAGCCUUCACGGCUCCCACGGAGGGGGCCUGGCCUCGGUGCGAAUGGAGCUCAUCCUGCUACUGCUGGAGUCCCAACAGGACGACAGUGUCCAGUCCGCCGUGGCCCCCUAUCUCCACCACGCCUCCAUCCCUCUCCUGCUGGCCUGCACCGCCAGCUCCAAGACGGUGGUGGCCAACCCCAUGGUCCAUCUGACCAACCUGACCCACGACAUCCUGCACACCUUCAACGCCCUGGACUCCCCGCCUCACCCCGACGUUGUGAACAACCAGAUCUAUGUGAUGCAUACGCUGGCCGCCUCUCUCUCUGCCUGCAUUUACCAGUGUCUCUGCAAUGGCCACAACUACAGCCAUGUGAACCAGUUCACUGGGAUUGUCUAUCAGAGCAUCCUCCUGUCCCAUCAGAACCAGGGACGCACGACAAGCAUAGAGGAGACCGUCAACUCCCACCCGGCACAGUGGCCAGGUAUCAGCGCUCUGGUCCGUCUAAUGGACUCCUCUGGGGACGAGGGCCAACCGGGCCUGGCCGUGUUGCUGUGUGAGAUCCUGACAGCCGUUUUUCUCGGCCUGUUCGUUCACGGCCUGGCCACCCACUCCAGCAACGAGCUGUUCCGCGUCGUGGCCCACCCGCUCAACAGCAAGCUGUGGGUGGCGGUGUUCGGAGGCGGUGCGCGCACCCAUGUCGUGGAGAAGCCCAGCCCGGUCCGAUCACCAGCAGCCGGAGAGGACUCCGAAAAGACAAGGCGUCGGCGCUUCAAGCUGAUGUCGUCGUCACGCGGCGCCUCCAGAGAGGGACCGGAGAGCCCCGGCCCAACCAGCCCUGUGGUGGAGCAGGAGGCGUCCAUCUUCAAAGAGCACUUUGUGCCCCCGGAGCUCAGCAUCUGGGACUACUUCAUCGCUAAGCCUUUCCUCCCACCGUCGUUGAGCAGGAUGGAGUACGACUCGGAGGAGAGCCAGGAGAGUGAGGAUGAGGAAGACUGGGACCACUACCAAGACUUUGACCCCAACUCCCCCGGCCGAGAACAUUCCAACCACAACUCUUACAGCUGGUGUCUGAUGCGUCUGGCCAUGGUGCAGCUGAUCCUGGGAAACCUGAAGUCCUUCUACCCCAUGGCAGGCUACGACCUGAUAGACCUGCCCGUGGGCUCUCCUCUGUGCCAUGCCGUGCUGAAGACCCUCCAGCGAUGGGAGCAGGUGUUGCUGAAGAGGCUGGAGAUCUUCGGGGGGCCACCGUCCAAGUACAUCUCCACGCCGCCUGUGGACGAGACGAACCCCUCGGGCCCCGCCAUCCUCAGACACAAAGCCCUGUUUGAGCCCUCCAACACACCCUUUAGAUCCAGUCACCACUCGGUCCUGCCUGUGAAGAGGCUGUGGCAGUACCUGGUCAAGCAGGAGGAGGUGCAGGACACGUUCAUACGCAACAUUUUCGCCAAGAAACGCGACCCGAACGAGUCGGUCGAGGAUCACAAUGAAAAUUACAAAUGUUCAGAGACGGAGGAGCCCAGCUGCAACCAGAUGGAGGCAGAUCUAGGCCACCCCGGAGGCAAGGCCCGAAUCAUCCACAAGGAUUCAGACAUCAUUACAGCCUUCGCCAUCAACAAGGCUAAUCGUAACUGCUUAGUCAUGGCCUCCACUCAUGACAUUCAGGAGCUGGAUGUGUCCUCCAUCUUGGCCACUCAGAUUAUGACCUGGAUUGAGGAUGAUGCCGAGGCCGAGGUCAAAGGUGAUGACUUCCUGGUAGUCCAAGCCCGGGACGACUUCAACAGCCUCCACGGUACCACCCCAUACACCCACAGCAGCCCAGGGACCCCCAUUAACAUGCCCUGGCUGGGAGGGAUGCAGACGGGGAGAGGCGCUGCCAUGCUCAUCAAAAGAAACAUCAACAAUGUGAGAAGGAUGACUUCCCAUCCAACCUUGCCUUACUACCUCACCGGAGCACAGGACGGAAGUGUCCGGAUGUUUGAGUGGGGCCAUUCUCAGCAGAUCAUCUGCUUCCGAAGUCCCGGCAAUUGCAGAGUGACACGGAUUCGAUUCAACCACCAAGGAAACAAGUUUGGUAUCGUGGAUGCAGAUGGAGCUCUGAGUCUAUGGCAAACCAACACUACGGGGAACACUCCAAAACCGUAUCUGACAUUGCAGUGCCAUAACAAGACUGCUCACGACUUCGUGUUCGUGGGCUCGUCCUCACUCAUAGCCACAGCCGGGCUGUCAACGGACAACAGGAACGUUUGUCUCUGGGAUACACUGGUCACUCCAAUGAACAGCCUAGUGCACGCCUUUAGUUGUCAUGAGUCGGGGGCCACUGUGCUCUCGCUGGCCCCCAAGCAGCAGCUACUGAUCACGGGCGGCAGGAAGGGCUGGAUCAGCGUGCUGGAGCUCCCCCACAAGCAGCAGCGCCAAAGCUUCCAGGCCCACGACUCCCCUGUCAAGGCUCUGGCCGUUGACCCCACUGAGGAUUGCUUCAUCAGCGGCUCUGCCGAGGGCAAUAUCAAGGUGUGGAGCUUGUCUACACAGUCCUUACUGCACCAGUUCCCCAACGAACACGCUCGCCAGUCCCUGUUCCGCAACCUGGGCACUGGCGUCAUGCAAAUUGAGGUGGGCCCUGCCAAUCACAUUUUCUCGUGCGGUGCGGAUGGUACCAUGAAGAUGAGAAUCCUCCCGGAACGCUUCAGCGUCGCCAAAGGCUGCCUGAGAAAUGACGUCAAGUUCAUCAUUUAACUCACUCCUUGCAGCCCCAGCUUGUGGUUUAAGUGACCAAGACCGCCUUUGUUCGCACAAGUUACUGCAAAUGGGGGCGGGACCUUGUUUGACUGUGCACAAGGACAGGACAAUCCAAGACAUGAGCAAGCUUCGUCCUCUCACUCACUAGUAUUUUUUGUAAAGCAAUCUUUCUAUUUAAAUCUUAUAUUUCAGGAUGUCGUUUAGAGAUGACAUCACCUUUGGCAGUGUGUACAGAUCUAUGAACUGGCUCGUCAGGUAGUUUCUACAGCACCCAACAUCCCAUUCUAACACUGGCAGAGUCUGCUUGCUUGCGGCAUUCAAGGCCAGUUGAUAUGAAGCACAUUUUCAGAAGGAAUUUGCUUUGUUUGCACAUAAAUAAGGCAGAAGGAUAUGAGUGCAUAGUUUAGAUGCCAGGGCAAGCCGAGCCUCAAGAAAUAAGAAUAUUCAGUGUUGUCGUGCUUGUGGCCUAGAUUCAGACUGUGGUGAUAGUCAAGUGUCCUUAUAUGUCCUUAACUCAAAUUGACCAUACUGGCACUACCUGUUUUACUUGUAAUUUAGCUGUGUUGAGUUAGGAACAUGGCUUUAAUAAGAACUGAAAGGAUCUUAUAAGUGGACACUCACCACAUAUCUGCCUUUUCUUCCCUUGAUUAUAUUAUAGACAAGACGUUGUAACUUGAAAGCUUACAGUAACACCACGCAAGCAAGUUUUUCUUUACCCUUAUGUAAAAGAACGAACACCCAUUUUUAACGGAUGUCUUAUUGAGUAUGAAAUAAUGUUUUAUUCCAACAACAAAGCACUUUCCUCAAUCUUCUCCCAGAUGGACCACAGUUGCGUAGGCAAUUGUCAUAUUUUGGAUUUAUGUUUUUACAUUAAGAUUUAAACUGGUUCGCUUCUCCGCCAGAGGUACUUAAUGUUUGGUUUGGGCGGACACCAAUAACUUUGUUUUGCUUUUUUAUUUUUACAAAAUAUACAUUGCCUUCAGAAAAUUCUUAUAGCUAAUAGAUUGAAUCUUGGCCAAUUUUUGUGAUCUAUAUUCUCCAGGGAAAGAAAGGGGGGUGAACUGACAUUCAGUAUAUUGUCAUAUAGCCACUGAUGUAAGGAUCAAUGUGUCUAACUAUUCAUAGAAUCAUGUUUUGCUGCUGUAGACAUGUAUAUUUGCUUGACAUUUCGGGAUAAACUGGAGGAAAGCUUUCUAGAUUUGUUUUAUUGCAUUCUGUAAAUAGAACAAACUACAUCUCACAAAACUGUGUAACUGCGAUAAAACGUUCAUUAGAUAUGGACGUUUUAUGUCCUGCUUUAUGAAGACAAUUCUGUGAAGUAAUAUUUAUGAAUUUUGUUAUUCAUAUUUUACAAUAUUGCCUGAUCAUGAUGCAGAAUUGGGUUUUGUUUAAUUUCUCACAGGGGCAGACCUCAUUAAACCCAAGCACAAUGGGAUUUAGUAUUACACAAAUGCAUCACGGUAGGCGCACCAAAAUAACGCAGUUGAAUAUAGGAUUAAACUUUUUUUUUUAUUAGAUCAGUAGGGGAUAUUUAUUAAUAUAAAUUUUAUGAUAUAAAUCGCUAAGUGUAAUAUACUAUACAAACCUUUAAGCUAUCACAGACGGAUGAACAAGGAAUCAACUAGAGCCAAAAUAGUAGGCUCAUGCUUUUUUUCCCAUUUAUGCUUUGAAAUGUGAAUAUGCUAAAAAUCUAAUUUUAUAAUGAAUAUGUGGACUAAUUGUAUGUCUGAUUGUAUUAUAAAGUGCAAUAAUACAAUAAAUCAACUUAAUGUAACAUGUA